ACUCUGUGUACCUUAGGUAAGGCAGUAUUCACUUGUGAACCUCAGUCUCUUCAUCUGUAAAACAAGGGGAUUGGAAGAAACGAUGGCUAAGGUCCCCUUUAGGGCUAAAGCUGUGGGAUUCAGUGAAGUAUAAGACACCUUCCUUCUCGCCCCACCCUACCCCUUUUUUCUUUCUGCAAAUGCAGUCAAUACCAUUUCCAUCCACCCACCGCCACUCUGGCCGGCUAAGUCCUCCCAGAGGGAAGGCAGGGGUAGCUCCUUCAUUAAGGUCCCUCAGAGCCGAGCCAGGCACGGAAGAUGGAAAAUCACCCCGCCUGAACCCUGGCUGCCUCCCCGGGAGCUUGACAGAGCGCAGGGGUUCCCGAGGGGCAUGAGCGAGGAAGGAGGGCGGGCGGCAGCAUCCGCCCCAGCCGCGCAGCAGCAGCCACGGGAGGCGGAGCGUUGCACCUGGCGCCGGGUCCUCCUCGCUGAGCCCUGAAACGGGUCCAGCCGGUAGCGUGCAGUUGCCUGCCCGCCCGCCCGCCUGCUUAGGGAGGAGGACAAGGAGAAGGAAGAGGGGGAGGUCGCGGCCGGGACUGGGUGAGCUCCCUCGCUCGCUCGCUGCCUACACCGCCCCUCGGAGUUCCCACCCCCGCCUGCCAGCAUCUCUGCCUCCCCGUGUCGCCACCCCCCAGGAAGAGACAGCAGAGGGGCCGGGACCCAGAAAUGGUGCUAGUCGCCCCGACGGUCCCCGCCGCUCCUCCGCCCCUCCCGGUUUCCUGCAGCGGCUCCGCACCUGCUGCCAGCGGCCGCCGCCCGGGGGAAAAGACUCCGAGCGCCUCCCGGAGCUAAGAGCUGCCGCCUCUAGCCAGAUCAACUAGAAUAAUUUUGAAAAUUAUCAACUUUCUGAUGUUCAUAGUGAACCAUGGCGGCUGAUGAUAAAGUCGCCAUUUUGACUGAUGAUGAAGAAGAGCAGAAGAGAAAGUAUGUGCUUGCAGAUCCUUUUAAUGGUAUUUCCAGGGAACCAGACCAGCAACCUACAAAUGAAACACCCUCCUCAACAGAGACUUCCACUACCCCAGAAGAAGAAAUAGAUUGGAUUGAAAAACAUUGUGUUAAAAUAAACAAUGAUCUUCUUAUUUCAAAAGUCUUUUAUUUUUUCUUUUACUCUGCAUAUGGCUCUCUUUAUCCACUUUUACCAGUAUACUAUAAACAGCUGGGCAUGUCACCCAGUCAGAGUGGACUAUUAGUGGGCAUUAGAUAUUUCAUCGAAUUCUGCAGUGCUCCCUUUUGGGGUGUAGUUGCUGAUCGCUUUAGGAAGGGGAAAAUUGUCCUCCUUUUUUCACUCUUAUGUUGGGUUUUAUUCAAUCUUGGCAUAGGAUUUGUCAAACCAGCUACCUUGAGAUGUGUACCAAAGAUUCCUCCUACAGUACAUCCCACCAAUGGGAGCCAUCUUUUAACUACUGUUCCACCAAAUUCUUCAGUCAUCCCUCCCCUUACCAUUAUCCAUGCCACACCACCAAAAGCUCUGGAGAAAAGGAGUACACGUGCAUCUUUGAUGUUAGAAAAGGAGUUAACCCGCCCUGGACUUGUCUCUUCUUCCCUAGAUGAUGACACAGCAAUCAUGUCUACUGUUCAGCCUUCAAUAGCUCCAAGUACUAACAGUUCUGUGCUCAUAAGCACGACAACUCCAGUCGUCAUUGGAAAUUUAACCAAAGUGACAACUAUCCCUACUCUCACCACCAAAGCAUUCCCAUCUGACCAACGUACUCUUGUUUAUGACCAGCAAGAAGUUGAAGCGAUAUUUCUGGUGAUUCUGUUGGUUGUCAUCAUAGGAGAGUUUUUCAGUGCAUCUUCUGUCACCAUUGUGGACACCGUGACACUACAGUAUCUGGGAAAACACAGGGAUCGAUAUGGAUUACAACGCAUGUGGGGCUCUCUGGGCUGGGGACUGGCCAUGCUCUCAGUCGGAAUAGGUAUUGAUUAUACUCACAUAGAUGUUCUCAUUGAUGGUCAAGGGUGUAAGCCCCCUGAAUAUAGGAACUACCAGAUAGUCUUCAUAGUUUUUGGGGUCCUCAUGACCAUGGCUUUGAUAGUGGCAACUCAAUUUCGCUUCCGCUACAGCCAUUUCAAAAGCAAUAACAACAAAGCAAAAGAGGUGGAAAUCCCUCAAGUGGAGAGAAACAAUUCCACUGAGUCCUCUGAAGACACGCCAACUAGCUCUAGUCAGUCACAAGCAUUCAAUUUUUGGGACCUGAUUAAGCUGCUUUGCAGUGUACAAUAUGGCUCAGUAUUAUUUGUAGCUUGGUUUAUGGGUUUUGGCUAUGGCUUUGUAUUCACCUUCCUCUACUGGCAUUUGGAAGACCUCAAUGGCACAACAACCCUGUUUGGUGUCUGUUCCGUCCUGAGUCACAUUUCUGAACUGACUGCUUAUUUCUUUAGUCACAAGCUUAUUGAACUGAUUGGCCACAUCAGGGUUCUGUAUAUUGGUCUGGCCUGCAAUACAGCUCGUUAUAUUUACAUCUCCUAUUUGGAAAAUGCCUGGACUGUUCUCCCAAUGGAAGUCCUUCAAGGUGUGACCCAUGCAGCAAUUUGGGCUGCUUGCAUUUCCUAUCUCAGUGCAGCUGUGCCUCCAGAAUUGAGAACUUCAGCCCAGGGGAUCCUCCAGGGACUUCAUCUGGGUUUGGGAAGAGGAUGUGGAGCUAUGAUUGGUGGAGUUUUAGUCAAUUACUUUGGUGCUGCUGCAACUUUCAGAGGGAUUGGGAUGGCCUGCCUAGUGAUCCUCUUGCUCUUUGCCCUCAUACAGUGGCUUGCAGUCCCAGAUGAGGAAGAAGAUAAGACAAUGUUGGCAGAAAGGAUUCCUGUCCCUUCUAGUCCUGUCCCCAUAGCAACCAUUGACUUGGUUCAGCAGCAGACAGAAGAUAUCAUGCCUCGUCUUGAACCCAGACUUCCUCCCAAGAAAACCAAACACCAGGAGGAACAGGAAGAUGUGAACAAGCCUGCAUGGGGAGUCAGCUCUUCUCCUUGGGUUACUUUUGUGUAUGCGCUUUAUCAAAUUAAAGAGAUGAUGCAACUGACCAGAAGUAGCCGGGCUUCUGAGAUUCAGCCCUUACAGAUAGGAAAAGAAUUAAAAGGGGACCAGUGAGCAUCGGGAAAUUUCACCACCCCGUACCUCGAGGCAUUCCCCAAGUGUGACUAACUCUGAGCUGUCAGGAGAUGGACCAACAUCUGAAUCCCAGACCAACGCUGCUUUCCCUGUUCCUGACCACUCUCCCAAGGAUAGUCCUCCUCAUCCAGCUGCUCCCUCUGUUGUAGAUCACCUUCCUCAGGAGAGUCACCCUCAACCCGCUCCUAGCACACACUGAGACAAAGCCCACUCAUUUUACACAUCACAUGGAAGAAACUCUGGGGUCCAGAACCCAGGACUCUGUUCAUCUUAAAGAUUAUAAUACAAUGCAACACAUGCUUUUAAGUGUUUAAAAUCAUUAACAUGAAAAUGCAUAUUAGCUACAGUACAUAUUUGCAAGGAAAUUUAAUCUCUUUGGGAGAUUAUGGUGGAAAACAAAACAAAUUACAGAGAGAACUCUCAGCUCCUUUGCUCAAGUAUGGUUAUAUCACAAGAUUUCUUGGCCAAGUCGAGAAGAGUUGAAACCAGCAGCAAUGUUAAAAGGAGAGAAAGUGUUUCAAGUUGUUUGCUGUUAUAAUUUACCCACUUCUUUGAUCAAUUAUUUCAAUUUUGUUUCAUUGUUUCUGAAAAAAAAAUUGGAAUAGGACAGAACACAAUUAUUUUUCUCUUGAGGAGAAACAUCAUGAUGGGAAAUGAUGUCAAAUACUAAAAGAGGAACCAGAUAAAAAUUAAAAACACAUAUAUUCUUUUGUAAAAAAGAAAACAAAAACAUCUCACCAGACACUGAAUAUCUUAAGCUAAUCUAUUUUUCUAGGUGGAUGGUGGAUAAAGUUAUGAUUGAAUUUUUGAGAUGUAAAGCUGCCUUUGGCUGCUAUGAGCUAAAUUGAGCUUUAAAAAGCAUUUUUUUUUUGGAAAUGGGCUUUAAGAAAGACCAAAAAUAUGGGAUUAUUUUAAAUAAACCAAUUCAGUAUGCUGUAGCUUAUUAGCCAAGAGUAACUAGAUAGGUUUAUAACUUAAACUAGCCUUUCUUACUGUUUACAAAGGCCCUAAUUAAUUGAUGAAAUUUCAAAAAAUUCAUCCAAUUUUCUGAGGGUUUCUUUAAUUAAGCAGACCUGUGGAGGCUAUUUAUAAACGACAGUAGAAAAUUAAGUGCCUGGGAUAAGGUAGAAUUAAUAAGAAAUUAUUAUAUGAUGGUUUUGGGGGUGCUUAUGGAUUCCUUCCCUGCUCCUUUUGGUGGGGAAAGAAAAUAAGGAAUAAGGAGCAAAAAGGAAGGAAAUGAAAAUGACAUUUUCCCCAAACUAGGGAAACAAAGUCACAGUAUAUUUUUACAACCUAGACUUAGUCAGACACUGGAAGGUUCAGGUACGGGGAUUUGUGUGUUCAGACAUUACCACUUCUGCUGCCAGAACCCUAGCUGGAUGAAUACAUGAAUCCCCAUACCAUGGAGGAGGAGGAGGUGGAAGACCAAGACACUGCUGUAACUAAAAAUCAGCCACAUUUAUGUUGGGACUUUCUCACAGACAAGUCAGCUCUGGGUUCAGCAAAGGAGUGUAGACAGAGAGGAUGAAUAGACUUAAAAAUUCCACCCUCCAGGUGUCUGGUGUAACUGUUAAGUCUGGGGUCCCCCAUAACCUCCUGGCUAGGACUGCAGGGGAGGAGGGGGAGUCUGCCCUUGAAUGUCUGGCUUCACAGUGAAACACAGCAUUAAAAGUAAAAUAACUGCGAGAAAUAGAACUAGCCACUAGUUAUUUUUGCACUUGAAAAACGUACUGUACUGUAAAUGAUCAUGACUCAUUUUAAGUGACCUUUAAAAUCAGAUCUAUUUAUUAUGUUUAUAUAAUUAUGGAAAUGAAGAAAUAGGUGAUGGGCUGAACCUCACCUCUGAAUGUACAGUAUGUGGAUUGUCACACUGUAGGAAGUCUAUAGCUUAUACUGUAUUCUGUGUUUACACGUCUGAUUUAUUCCUUUGAAACGCCUGCUGUUCUUGGAAAUGCACCAUUGACAUGUUGGAAAAAUAAAAAUAAAUGCACAUUUUUAAAA